GUCGGCAAUCAAAGCCAUCUAAACUGUAUAAAUACUGAGUGACAAGAUCAGUCAGUCUCACACAAACGACACAGAUCAGGAUCACUGAGAUAUCAUCAUGAGGGCGUUUGCAGUAAUCCUUAUGCUGGCUGUCCUUUCAGGCUGCCAUGCAAGAAGUGUGCCUGAUGAUUUGGAGAAGAACCCCUGGGAAGUCACGGUCGACAAGUUUAACGAUUAUUUGACAAAGGCCGACGAGGUGUUGAAGGACAUCAAGAGCUCCCAGAUCAGCCGGGAACUGGACACCCUAAUCCAGGACAGCAUGGCUGAGCUGGCCAUGUACAAAGACGACCUGCAGACCAAGCUGGCCCCCUUCACCCAGGACGCUGCAGAGACUCUGGGCAAAGACCUGCAGGAGCUGUUCAACAGACUGGGCGAUCACAUGAGCCAGGCCCGGGAGCAAAUGGAGAAGUACGCCCAGGAGCUGCAGACCAUGAUGGAGCAGAACGCCGACGACGUCAGCGUCAGGGUCUCCACCUACACCCGCAAGCUGAAGAAACGCCUCAACAAGGACACACAGGACAUCAAGAGAGUUGUUACUGACUUCUUUGAGGAGCUUCAAUCCCGCACCUCAAACAACAUGGACGACAUGAAGACACGUUUAGACCCUUAUUUUGCUCACGUGCGUGACAACGCCCAGGCAAAGAUCACCACCCUGAAUGAUCUGCUGAAGUCGCAGGCGGAGAACAUGAUGGACAAGAUUCGGAUCAAAGCUGAAGACAUGAAGGAGCAGUUUGAGAAAACCACUGAAGGCCUGCGAUCCACCCUGGAGGAGAAGUGGAAGGAGCUGAAGAACUGGUUUAAUCUGUAGUCUCCAUGUUUAGUGAUAACAUGUAAACCCUGCUGUAAUCAAACAGUCCUGGACCGUCUGUUUAUCCAUCACUUUCUGUAUCAAAAAUACACAAUAUCUUUGUUUUAAAAUAAAGAUAAUCCUUGUUUCAUCACAAAUGUC